AGGUUAAUACGAGCCUGAUAAAUGUCGGCGUUAGCUCGCUAAAUGUCUCCGUAACGUUAUCGAAUUUUCGAUAGUUAGCGAAUUUCAAUCCGCGUCAUUGGUUUGACUAAAUAUUGACUAUAACAACAGCCGCGCUGACAUCUGUUUUUGUGCUUCAAUUCAAAGGUUACAGCCAAGCGUCAUCGCUAUGAUAUCGGACACUGCGAAGCGUCGUAACCGAACGCUGCUGCUGGCUAACCAAAACUAACUAGCCGUUUAGCUAGUAGCUUCGUCGGCUAGCUAGGCUAGCUGUUUGCAAACACAUUGAGCUAGUUACGCUUAGAGGCCACCGUCGGGUUGAGAACAGGCAGAUGUGACCGAUCUGUGCGAUCACAGCCAGCAAUUCUUGGUUUCUUUAGCCCACCACCAUUCUGGGGCCAGGGUUAUCAUCAAGCUUUCUGGCUAAGAGGUUAGCAAGGUAGCUAACGACCUCCUUCUAGCUAGCCGAUUGCGCUUAUCAACAGCUGGCUACCUAACGAGUUAAGAUGGAUAAAGAGGAAUCGGAGCGGUUGAUAGAGAAAGCAAAGCUUUGCUUGCGGUCUGGACGGAGAGAAAAGGCACUUCAGCUCCUGUAUGAAGCCCAAAAGAUAUACCCCAGUACUCGGGCCAGAGUACUUAUCGAUGCGAUAGUGAGGAACGGGAGCUCCGCCGCCCCAGAGAGUCACAACGUUCCCCCGCCUAGAGGAUGGAGGAACGAGGAUUUGGGAGAGGGGAGAGGAGGGGAGGAAGGCAGCGCAGGAUCCAGCGAGGACAAGAAGAGCUACACAGAGGAACAGCGGCAGGGGGUUUUCAGGAUAAAGAAAUGCAGGGACUUCUAUGAGAUCCUCGGCGCUUCUAAAGAUGCCAGUGACGAGGACUUGAAAAAGGCCUACAGGAAGCUGGCCCUGAAGUUCCACCCAGACAAGAAUUGCGCCCCGGGGGCCACGGAUGCAUUCAAAGCAAUAGGCAACGCGUACGCGGUGCUGAGCAACCCCGAGAAGCGUCUCCAGUACGACCAGUACGGGGAACAGGCUCCCUCGGAUGCCUCCCACGGCCCCCCAGGGGCCCACGCCCGCCACGCCCCCAACCGCUCCUUCAACAGGGACUUCGAGGCCGACAUCUCCCCCGAGGAGCUCUUCAACAUCUUCUUUGGCGGAAGGUUCCCCACAGGCAACAUCCACGUGUACACCAACCAAGGGGCCACCUACUCGAACUUCUACCAGCCUCGACGCAGGCGCCCCUACGAGAGACGCGAGGAGGAGGUGGAGGAGAACCGCAGUCAGAACACCUUCACGGCCCUGCUGCAGCUGCUUCCUGUCCUGGUGCUCAUCCUCAUCUCUGUGUUCACGCAGCUGAUGGCCACCAACCCCCCCUACAGCCUCUUCUACAAACCGGCCAUGGGACUGGUGGUUUCCCGGGAGACGCAGAACAUGGGCGUGCCCUACUACGUGGAUAAGGGCUUCCAGAAGGAGUACCGCGGGGACGCUCUGGACGAGCUGGAGAAGAGCAUCGAGAGCGACUACAUCGAGCACCUGCAGAACACCUGCUGGAAGGAGAAACAGCAGAAGUCGGACUUGGCCAACCUGGGCCAGCUGUACAGGGAUGACCGGUUGAAGCAGAAGGCCGAGUCCAUGAAGCUGGACCACUGCGACAAGCUGUAUCGCUUUGUCGGCCGGCAGAGGGGAGACUGAGGACUUCUGGAGGGACGAGCAGAGAGCUGUAUCUUACACUAAAGUAUUGUUUAUUUAUUUUUUAUUCAUGAAACCGGGUCACUUUUUUUUUUUUUUUUUUUUUUUCCUCUCCAAGAAAUGUCUCUCCUCAAGCAGUGCAACGGUGGUGGACAACGCCCUUUGAAGUUGGGAGGAGGGAUGGGGGGGGAGGGGGAGGGAGAAAACAGUGCCUUCUCUCCUCUUGGAAGGAAGAAUAUGCAUGUAAGCUGCCAACCCUGGCCCUAUGUAGAUAACAGGAUCAGGCCCCGCCUGGCCGUGGCACUGUCGUGUUGAUGUACAGAAGCCAUCGUGUUACUUCCUUACAUUAAGGAAUUAAAGGCUUGUGGCCGAGGUUUGAGACGGCUUGUUUCAUGCUCAAGCUUUGUGUCGCUUAUCUGUUUGUGUUUCAUUUUUUCGUGCGUGUGUCAGAUACUAGGAUAGUCAAUGAUUGAUUUGAUUUUGUCUGUCGGCAGCACUGUAUCGGAGUGUUCUUAAAUAGUUCUUCGGGGUGCGUAUGGCUUGAGCAUUUGUAUUAAUGUUCUCGUUCAUGAAAGAAGGUUCUAGUCUUUUCCAGUGCAGUGCCAUGAAAACUGCAGUAAGCGUCAAGCUUAACCAGUGUUCCAGAGGGAUGAAAGCUGCUGUAAUGUGAAAAAAUGAGAUGGUAAAUGUUUUAAAAGUAAUAUAUAAGUCAACAAAUGUGUAGAUUUACUUCCGUCUAGCGAAACAAAAAUCAAUGAGCUCUAGGUCUUUAUAAUCCACUAGAUCCACUUUCUAUUAACGACGGAUCUUUUGUGUGGUACUGGAGAUACCUGUCGGUCCGUUUUUGCUGUGCACUACAAGACUAGCCAAAAGGCGACGAUGCUGUUGUCCAUCCUAUUGUCCAUUUGGUCAGACUGAUUGGAAACACUGUAAUGUUGUUUUAUAUGAAAGCCCCCCUCCCACACACACACUUGCUGCAUGCAGCCCUAUGAGAAGCUUUAGCCAUGCCCAGCAUCUCAUCCUCUCCAUAUCCCCUCUGUGGCACAAUAACAGUUCACAUGAAAUAUUAGGGCUGGGCGAUAUAUAUAAAAAAAUAUAUAUCUCGAUAUUAUCAAAUUUACGAUAUUCGAUAUAUAUCUCGAUAUGUUUGCAUUU